CUUUCGCGUUCUUUUUACCGCGCCAGCCUGAGGGAGACAGGCACUCAUAAGCCGCCAUGCCCGUUGCCAGGAGUUGGGUUUGUAGCAAAACCUAUGUCACCCCACGCCGUCCCUUCGAGAAGUCUCGUCUCGACCAGGAGUUGAAACUCAUUGGCGAGUAUGGGCUGAGGAACAAGCGUGAAGUGUGGAGAGUUAAGUUCACACUGGCCAAGAUCCGUAAAGCUGCCAGAGAACUCCUCACUCUGGACGAGAAGGACUCAAAGCGUCUAUUUGAAGGUAAUGCUUUACUUAGGCGUCUGGUGAGGAUCGGUGUGCUCGACGAGGGUAAGAUGAAGCUCGAUUACAUUCUGGGUCUGAAAGUCGAAGACUUCUUGGAGAGGAGGCUGCAGACACAGGUCUUCAAGCUUGGACUCGCUAAGAGCAUCCAUCAUGCCCGUGUCCUUAUUCGCCAGAGGCACAUCCGUGUCCGCAAACAGGUGGUAAACAUCCCCUCCUUUGUGGUUCGCCUGGACAGCCAGAAGCACAUCGACUUCUCCCUCAGGUCCCCAUAUGGUGGUGGACGUCCAGGCCGUGUAAAGAGAAAGAACGCCAAGAAGGGUCAGGGUGGAGCUGGAGGAGGUGAUGAUGACGAGGAGGAUUAAGAAGGAUCUUGUCCAGAGAGCGUGAAGCUUCCUGUACUGUACAAAAUCAAUAAAAUGUUGGUCUGACCAGA